CCUUAACGCGAACCCGGUUUAGUAGUCGGUUACCAAUGCUUCGCCUCUCCUUGGUCUGCAUUGUAAAGUGGGGUAAACCGGCAGCGGGCGCUGGUAGCUUCACAUUGCCGUUGCCGGUCAGGCGAGGAUUCCGGUCGCCGGCUGCACUGGAGGCUCUCGAAGCUCACAUCGGUGAAGAGGAGAGAGGACAGAAGAAGCCACAGCUCGUGCUAUACAACUAUCCCUCUUUCGGUGGAGCCUUUGCCGCACUUUUCGCCCAUCUGUACCACGCCGCCCUGAAUCUCCCAUGUCUCGUCCUCCCCUUUUCCUCUGUUGACCCUCUCAGGGUAGCGGAUUUAAGGUUUGGAGAUAUUCAGACUUGUUAUAUGCUCGAUUUCGUUGGGCCUAAAAAUUUUGCAGUAGAGCUCGCAAAGAUUAUUCCCAGGGUGAUAGCUUUUGAUCAUCGACUGUGUACAUUAUCAAGGAUUUCUAAUAUGGGGAAGUGCCCCAGUAACUUGGAGUUGCGUAUUGAUACCAGAAAGAGCAGUUCCAGGGAUUCUUUGGAUUAUUUUUCAGAAAAAUUAACUGAAGAGAAAUCAUCGAAAAAGAACCCAGAAGCAUUAUUGGACCUUCAAGACUAUGCUCGUGUUGAAAAAAUGAUUAGAUAUAUCGAGGAUGCUGAUCUUCGUCGUUGGGAACUAGUAGGCAUCAAAGAAUUUCAGAUUGGAAUCAGAGAAGCUCGUGCAAAGUUAAACACCCUGACUAACCCUCACAUAUUUGAGCAGCUUCUGGAACUUGAUGCUGAUGACUUGAUAUCAAAGGGAAAUUCCUACGUUGCUUCGCGCCUCGAUGCAGCAAAUAAGUUGUCGGCCAAGCCAUUUAAGAUUAGACUUGGAAGAGGAUUGUAUGGAGAGUGCCUGGCAAUCAGGGCUGAUGGAAAUGCAGAGUUCAGCCAUGAAAUUGCUUUGGAAUUGAGUAGCAGGAGUGCUGCAGCUGGUUUAAGACCUAUUGGAGCAGUUAUAUUCAUGCAACGUGGGAAUCUAAAGAUGUGUUUAAGGACUACUGACUGUGCCACUGAUACCUCAGAUAUUGCCAAGGCAUUUGGCGGUGGAGGAAAACCAAGCUCAAGCUCCUUUAUUAUAAGAAUGGAUGAAUACAACGAGUGGACAGCAAUAAAUUCACCGUAAUAUACCACUCUCUUCGGGGAACACUUUGCUAUGGGGUAAUAAUUUUAUGUUUGAACCAAACAUCAUUCAGGUGCUUAAUUUUAACAAUGUAAUAUGCUUCCUAUUGCUUCAAAAAAGAUAUAUUUGCACAUAUUCAGUUUGUUUGUUUAUAUUAUUUUGGUUGAAAUAAAUAAUAAAAUGCAUUCUUCUAAGUUCUAACUACUCCUUUAUACAUUAAAUGGCCCUCCAUUUAAAUGUCAAAGUAAAUUCGUUCUAAAGAAGGGAAGACCCAUUAUGCUUUUUUUUUCAUUUGAGUUUGAUGUGAUCAACUUGAGGAGGGGUAUCGCUAGCUGAUGUUUCAUACAAUCUCAGGUUUUUGUUUUUAGUUCGGUUCUAUGGCUUUGUAGUUUUCUUUCGUUCUUACAAUACCUGUAGUUUUUUGGGUGGUUUCUUUGCUUGGGUCUUUUUCUUUGUUUAAACAUACCUCACUUGAUAAUUACAUUUUAUGUGCUAACUAAAUGGAAAUAAAAUUUAUUAAUGAAAGGCAAGCAUAGAAACAUAUUCACUUGAUAUCUAUGCAUUUCUAUAUUUAUAUAUUCAAAUUUUUAUAUUUAUUUCCAUAACAUGCAGAUUAUAGUAUGUAAAUGAGUAACGAAGAUUACGAUUUUAUA